GUUUCGUGCAUGCAUUUUUGAAUGUAGGCGCGCGAGAGCGGCACGGCGCGCCGUGAUUGGGCGAAAGCCCCGGGGCACACGACGUCUAUCGCGCAUUGCCAUAUAUAUAAAGCGGCGACCCGCGCGCUCCUGUCAUGCACGCGAGGAGAAACUGGCAAAGAGGAGUGAAGAGGAGGAGGAGAAGGAAGAAGAAAAAGACGAAGAAGAAGAGGAGAAAGGGGUAGGAAGAUCAAUAGCGAGCUCGAGCUCAAUAAGCAGCAGCAGCAGCACCGGCAACGACAGACAUCCAUCUAAAUCUGCAGCGGAGUCCGGAGCGCGAGCGCCGCGUUUGCAGGAGGAGAAAGCGUCGUGUUGCUGCUGAGUAGCGCGCGAGGGAGAGAGAAAGAGAAGGAGAAAAAGAGAGAGAGAGAGAUGCCGCCGAGGACAGGACUCGUGCUGCUCGUCGUGCUCGUGGUGUCGGCGCACGAGCUGGACCUGAACGAGUCGUUUUCGCCGAGGAGAGCGCGCUUCUCCGCCAACAGCCCCUCGGACGUGGCCCGUUGUUUGAAUAGCGCCCUCCAAGUGGGCUGUGGUGCCUUCGCUUGUCUUGAAAACUCUACAUGUGACACAGAUGGAAUGCAUGACAUCUGCAAGUCCUUUCUCUACAGCGCUGCUAAAUUUGAUACUCAGGGCAAGGCCUUUGUGAAGGAGAGCCUGAAGUGCAUCGCCAAUGGCAUCACCUCCAAGGUCUUUCUUACAGUCCGCCGCUGUUCCACCUUCCAGAGGAUGAUCUCAGAAGUUCAGGAAGAGUGCUACAGCAAGCUGGACAUCUGCACUGUGGCCAAGUCGAACCCAGAGGCCAUUGCAGAAGUGGCUCAACUGCCCAGCCACUUCCCCAACAGGUUUUAUGGGAAGCUGCUGCAGAGUUUGAUGGAGUGUGACGAAGAAACAGUAGACCUGGUGAGGGCGAAUCUGUUGACCCGGUUAGGGCCUGAGAUUGCCAUGCUCUUCCAGCUACUGCAGAACAAGCCUUGCCCAUCUGCCGUAGUACCCACUGGGACGGAGACUCGUGGAGGUUGGCGGUGGUCUGUCAGCCCCAGUACACACAAAAACCCACCUAAUCUACGCAACAGGGAUGCAGCGAAUCUCUUCAGCAAGAAACGCAACACUGGUGACAGCUCUUAACAUCAGCCCAUCUCCUGGUCCAAACUUAGUUAUCGUGCACACAUACCCUAUUGCAAAAUGAAAUCACAAAAGAAACAUAAUAGUGGUUCAUUUCCCAUCAAAAUGCAGGAAUACAUUCGUUUUCUGAAACUGGAAAAAGGCAUGCACCUAUAUAAAAACAGCUUGAAUGUCAAAACUUUGUUUAUCAGUUAAAAUAUUUCAUUAAUGUUGACACAAAUAACUAAAAUUCAAAGGAGAAUUCUGGCUACUUUAUCAACCAAGCUUUUCAUGUUCAGAGAUUGAUCCAUGCACAGGUAAAGUCUCGUUUACAAAGUCAAUGUAGAUACCGUCAACCAUGAGGAUUAACCUUACAUCCAGGCCAUUGUGUAGAGACUUCUUAGAUAGAUUAUAAAUAUAUUAUUUUCAAGAAAGUAUCUAAAGGGGAAAAAACAAAAGUAAUACGAUAAUUAUAGAUAACCAUUUCUAAUCAACAUAUCUUAAUGAGAUUACAACGAAGAAAAUGUGUGUAUAUAUACUGGAUCUAUUGUUAAUGUGAAAUAGUUGGCAUGUGCUAUAAAUAUGAGAGUGUACUAUUUAUUUAUUAACAGAUAUUUUACUAUUUUUAGCUGUUAAUCUUAAAUUGCCACUAGCCUUUUUGUGAAAGCUCACCUACUAGGUGAUAUAUAUAUAUAUAAAAUAUAUAUAUAAAAAAAAUCUUUGUGCAGGAAUUCAUAAAAAGACCAAAAACUGAAGUUCACUCCAGAUGCCAUAUCUCAUAGACCCUGAGUGCAGUAACACUAGGUGUCGAUGAGCCAUACUUAACUAAAGGUCAAUAUUUACACAAUAAAGUAGAGAUGUGAAGGAAGGGACCAUUUAACUUUAAAACAUCUCUUAUUUUUCUAAGAAAAAAACACUAAGUAACAUAAGUGGUUUAAAGGAAUUUUAUUGGAACUUUUCUUUACUCCUCUGAAAUAUUCUCUUCCUCUGCAACUCUUGCUACAAUACGGCAGAAAACCUGUUCAGGAAGUUUAUCACUAACCCUUUAGUGCAAUGUUAGUGUCACAUCACAUUUCAGAAAACUUAUUGGACAGAUGAACAACUUGCUCCCUGGUGAAUAUGACAUACAGAGGUGGGUUGAAGCACAGUUUAAACAGUGCUGCAAAGCAAAACGAUGUCUAUUUAAGAAAAAAAAGCCUUUUGAUUUAUUCAUAUUUAUUUUCCUACUAUUUUAUUUAAGUGUUUAUUUUAUUACAUUUCUAUGGAUAUUCUACAUUGGUUCAGCUAGAGGUAGUUUACCGAUAUACAUGUUCUUUGCUUUCUUUUUCUAAGUACAGUUACAUUGCUGAGUGCCCAUUUUUGGGGGCUAUCUUAGAUUUCUGGGACCUUUCACUCUAUUCUUUGUUGAGUUAACUGUAUAAGACCCAUGUAAUGACUCUGUGCUGGUCAUGGGGGAACACGUUGGUCAUUUGAGUCAGGUCACCUUCUCUGCAAGUGUUGUAUGGGACCACUAAAAAGACUAAAAC